GAAAAAGCCGUUGACGGCGACCCCUCGGCGCCGCGCUUCCAGGGCUGGAAGAAUGACCCUAUUACUGAAACAACCACCACCAUCAGCACAACAGCAUUUCAGCAUAGCAAGGUCCUCGGAUGUGGCUCUGUUGCCCAAGCUAUCCUCAGUCGAGGACAUUUUGGAGGAAUCGUCACUGUCAAUGUUGGAUUUGCAAUGGCAGUCGUAAUGGCCAUUUAUGUGACUGGAGGUGUCUCUGGGGGCCACAUCAACCCAGCUGUGUCUUUUGCAAUGUGUCUCUUUGGACGGAUGAAAUGGUUCAAAUUGCCUUUUUAUGUGGCAGCCCAGUUCUUGGGAGCCUUUGUAGGGUCCGCAAUCCUCUUUGGCAUUUACUAUGAUGGACUUAUGUCCUUUGCUGGUGGAAAACUGCUCAUCAUGGGAGAAAAUGCAACAGCACACAUUUUUGCAACAUACCCAGCUCCAUAUCUGUCUCUGACGAAUGCAUUUGCAGACCAAGUAGUGGCCACCAUGUUCCUCCUCAUGAUUGUCUUUGCCAUCUUUGACUCCAGAAACUUGGGAGUCCCCAAAGGCCUAGAGCCCAUUAUCAUCGGCCUCCUGAUUAUUGUCAUUUCUUCCUCUUUGGGACUGAACAGUGGCUGUGCCAUGAAUCCAGCUCGAGACCUGAGUCCCAGACUGUUUACUGCUUUGGCAGGAUGGGGGUUUGAGGUCUUCACAGCUGGAAAUAACUUCUGGUGGAUUCCUGUCGUGGCCCCUAUGAUUGGUGCUGCCAUUGGAGGCCUCGUCUAUGUUCUUAUCAUUGAAAUUCACCACCCAGACUCGGACCCAGACUUCGAGGCAGAAUCAACUGAUGACAAACCAGAGAAACAUGAACUCAGUGUGAUAAUGUAGCAGGGUGCUCAGUUCUAGGUUUACAGUGCGCUGAGCUGAUGUUCUCUUCAGGAAAGAUGGCCUGAGGUGUCUAUGUUUUCAUAAGACUGGGGUGGACCUGCCCAAAGUUCUCUGCUAGCCAUUUGGGACACCUGAUUGGAAAAGCAUCUGAAUGAAGUUUUGAAAACACUGACGU